AUAAAAUCAAUGCACUGUCAUUUGGUUUUCUGCACUUUUAGUUGUCGCGCGUGCAGAAUUAGAUCACGCAAAAUAAAAUGAAGUUCGUUCCGAUUUUGUGUUUGCUAUUUUUUGUUGUUGCCAAGGCCGAAGAAUCACAAUUUGAUGAAAGUGAAAACGGUCAAGCUGCUCUUGACAGUGGCAACAGUUUUUUGGAAUUGAUCAAUCCAGGACACAGUGGUAAUCCAAUUUCGGGACGUUUCGUUUAUUCUGGUGAAGAUGGUCAACAAUAUGAUGUUUCGUACUUUGCCGAUGUUUAUGGCUAUCAAGCUCAAGGCCGUCCAGUUUUAUCAUCACAUCCAGUUGCAAGAUUUUUAAAUAAGCAAUGGAAAACUAGAAUAACUCUGGAAGGAAAAUAUGGUUUGAUAAGUGAUGAAGAUUAACAAAUUUUAGAAUUUUUGCCAUUGAACGUGAAUCCAUC